AUGCAGAUAAUAAUCUCAUUCAAUAAUUCAGAUUUAUUUGCUUCAGUAAAGUGGCUAAUAUAUGAGUGUGUAAUGGGGAAAUAAAUAUCAAGACUCAUAGAUGAUCUCAUUCCAAAACCCAUAAGACUUUUGUUCAUCUUCGAAACACAAAUUGAGAUAUUUCUAAUGAAACCUGAGGGAUUUCUGUCCCUCCAUUGACAGUCCAGACAACCAAAACUUUCUAUGUCCUAAAAAAAAUAAAAAAGAUUAUGAAUCAAAUGGUUUAAUCCAGUCUUCUGAAGUGACAUGCUCUCUUUAUGUGACAGGCAGAUUUAAUUUAGCCAUAAUAAACAUUUAUUAAUGCACAUAUUCAGUGCAUCACAUAUGGUGAAUACAAAAGUGCUUGUGUGAGUGACCAACCAAUGAGGUUUUUUCUAGUGCAUCACAACUUAACAUCAAGUCAAAUUGUAAUUUAAUUAUUGUUUCAGAAUUUACAUUUAAGCAUUCUGUAGAUGCUUUUUUACUAAAGUCACUUCAAGCUGUGUAGUGUUCAAGCUUCAAGAGUAUAUUCAGGCUGAUCAAUGUGAUCGUUCAUUGGAAAGCAAACAUGACCCACAGCGGGUGUGCAGAGCUUCAUACGACAUGCUGAAGCAUGUUGAACUUAAGUCUCAGGACUGAUCAGUCUCUUACAGGACGAUGAACAGACAGAUCUCAGGAGUUACAGAAGAUGAUCAGCUGAUGGCUAAAGAAAGAGACGGAGGAGAAAACUGAAUAUCAACAUGUCCAGGAGAGAGGGCAGAGAAAAUGUGGGCCACAAUCCUGCUCGCAAUAGAUCACGAAGCAACAGCAAAAGUCGUUCUAAUAUGGACAGAAGUAGUCAAGAUUUUGAUUGCCCCAACAUGAGUGAUCUGAGGAUUGUCCUGCUGGGGAAGAGCGUGUCAGAAAACAGUGGAGUGGGAAACUUCAUAUUAAGAAGAGCAGCGUUUGACAGUGGAGCUCCUCCAGAUGUUGUAGAGAGAGUCGGAGGAAGAUUGAAGGACAGACGCGUGAUCAUCAUCAACAGUCCUCAGCUGCUCCAGACAAACAUCUCAGAUCAUCAGAUCACACAGACAGUGAGAGAGUGUGUGAAUCUGUCUGAUCCAGGACCACAUGUGAUCGUUCUGCUCCUCAAACAUGAGCAAUGUUCAGCAGAAGAUCAAGAGUGUGUGAAGAAGGUGCUGCUGUCUUUCUCUGAGCAGGUUUAUCAACACACCAUGGUGAUCACCACACAAGAGCCCACUGAAACCAAUGACAUCCUACAGAAAAUCAUUCAGAAAUGUGCAAACAGACACUUCAGUCUUCAGAGCAGCAGCUCUCCUGAUGAUCUUCUGCAGAUGUUUGAGGACAUUGUGCAAAUGAAUGAUGGACAGCACCUGGAUUGUGAAGGUUCACAGCAUUUCGUAAUGACUCAACAGCCCACAGAAAGAUAUUCAGAGAGUGUAAAGCUGAAUCUGGUUGUGUGUGGGAGUGACGGGACAUUAAAAUCCUCCAUAUCAGAGCAGAUCCUGCAGCAGACAGACAGAAGAUCAGACAUGAAGAUUCAUGGACAUCUUCUCACUCUCGUGGAGCUUCCAGCUCUCAAUCAGCUCUCAGAGGAGGAAGUGACUCUCUGCUGUGUGUCUCUCUGUCAUCCUGGAGUUCAUGUUUUUCUCCUCAUUAUUCCUGAUGCUCCAAUUAAUAAUGAGGACAAAGCAGAAAUAGAGGAGAUCCAGAGGAUUUUCAGCUCAAGAAUCAAUAAACGCACCAUGAUCCUCAUAAAGCAGAGUUCAGAGCAUCAGACAGCAGAACUCAAUGAAGAAACAAAGUCUGUCAUUCAGAGUUUUGGAGGACGACAUCAUUUCUUUGGUCCCAAAAUACAAGUGUCUACACUUAUGGAGAAGAUUGAGCAGAUGCUGGAAGAAAACAGAGGAGACUUUUUCUUCACAGAGACAUUUUGGGAAGCACAGAUGAAAAAACUUGAGGAGAUGUUGAAGAAGCUUCACUCACUACAAACACACAUUCAGUCUCAAGGUUUAACAGAGGGUCAAGAGGCUCUGAGGAUUGUGCUUCUGGGAAAAACUGGAGUCGGGAAAAGUGCAACCGGAAACACCAUCUUAGGAAGAGAAGCAUUUCUAGCAGAAGCAUCUCAUGAGUCAAUUACUAAAGAGAGUAAGAGAGAAACAUCUGAAAUGGAUGGCCGACACGUUACUGUGAUCGACACUCCAGGACUGUUUGAUACUGAACUUACUAAUGAGGAGAUCCAGAGAGAAAUCACCAACUGCAUCUCCAUGAUCCUGCCUGGACCACAUGUGUUCAUCAUUGUGCUCAAUUUAGGACAACGAUUCACUCAAGAAGAGGAAACAUCAGUAAAGAUCAUCCAAGAGGCAUUUGGUGAAAACUCAUUAAUGUACACUAUGGUGCUCUUUACCAGAGGGGAUGAUCUGAAGAAGAAAACCAUUGAACAGUUUCUAGGGAAACCUGGAUCUCCUUUGAUGAAGCUGAUUGAAGCGUGUGGAAACAGAUUCCAUGUGUUCGAUAAUAAUCAGACUGAAGACCGAACACAGGUGUCUGAUCUACUGGAGAAGAUAGACAACAUGGUGAAAACAAACGGAGGGAGUUACUACUCAUGUAAGAUGUUCAGACAGAUGGAGAGAGAAAAGCAAGAACAACAGAUGAAGAUCCUGAUGGAGAGAGUCAGAGAAAGUGAAGAACUGAUAGAUAAACUAGAAGAAGAGAAAGAGAGAAUGAAGAUGAUGAUGGAGAAAGAAAGACAGAAUCAUGACAAAGACCGAAAGAGAAGAGAAGAGAAGGAUUAUAAAAGGAGUGAGAGAGAGAAACAGACUCCUGAUGAACAGUAUCAGAGACUCAGCAGUAAAGAGAAGAUCUGCUCUGAAACUGAUGAUUCAAUACAGGACACAGCAUUCAGUAAAGUGGAGACCGAUUACAGCAAAUGGUCCUGGAGUCUUCGCAGUGCCAUGAUGGAAACUGAAAACAAACUACACAAUAAAAUAGAAAAUAAAACAAUUCAUGAGGUUAAGGAAGCUGAUCUUCAAAAAGAACUAAAGGAGGCAAGUGAAGAAGUGGAGAAAUCAAUGUCUGAAUUCUUUGAGAAAGACGAAGAUGCAGAUAUUCUGAUUCAGUGGAAAACAUCUUUUGAAAUCAAAAUCAAAGAUGUUCAAGAAAACAUUGUGAGUGAAACAAAGAGGAAAUUAAAUGAGAUUCUUCAGCAGCGAGACCUGAAGAAAAGGAUUGUUCAGAGGAGACGUCAUGAAAACACUCUCUAUGAAAAGUGCAAACGACUUGCCUUAAAACUCAAAGACAAAGCAAAGGAGGAAGAAAUAUUGAAGAAAGAGUUUGAUUUGUUUUGGGAACAGAGUGUGAAGAAGAUCGUCAAAGACUCUCCUGCAAUCAAAGACAUUAAUAUAAUGAGAGAUGCGAGAAAGAUCUUCGGUAACAUCUAUAAAAUUGCUCAUGUAGGUCACUGGAGAGCGAACAAGGAUAUUUUCACUGUGCCCAGUUAUUCAGGUUAUGUAAAAGUAAACAUAUCCAGUGGAUUAAUGGGAACUGUAUAUGCUCUCUCUACAGAAGAUGAAGCCCAAAUAAGAUCUUUAGUCACAGACGUUGCCCAUCAGACAGACAGAUUUAUUAUCUCUUUUAACAUUUCAAAGAUGGGCUACAACACCAGCUGCAUUCAACAACUCACAGGUCACAUAAGGGCAAAAGUAACAAAACAUGAGGAAGGAUCAGUGAAAUAUGUGUUCAAAAAAAAAUUCUUCAUGGAUUUAGUGUAUUCAAUCUUUAAGAAGGCAAACGAGAUGAUCACUGACCAACAAAGAUUGUUCAGAGAAGCCAAUGAUCCUGUAAUAUAUGUUGAGAAGAAGAGAGGAGUACUGUAGUAUUUUCCAGAAAUAUUGUUAUGGAGCAACAUCAGCUACCAUUUUUGGUGAGAUCGUCUGUCAGAAACUGAAAGAGCCCAUUGAACAGAGUGUCUACAAGAAGAUUGCCAGAGAUCUGGCAAGUGAAAUGAGAUCAAACUGUCCAUCAUUGAAUGGAAACAGAUCAAAUCUGGAGAAACACAUCCUGAAGACACUGGCAGAAGAGGAGGAUUUUGACAAAUACAUGAACUACAUUCAUAAUCCCAGAGAUCACUUCAAGAGUUUCAUCAGAGAUGAAGUCAGUCGGUACAUCACUGAUAAGUUCAGUGACAGUGUUUUACCCAAGAUGAAGGAGAACAUUAAACUCCUGCAGCAGAAGAUCAUGAAAGCAGCACAUGAAUCUACUGAACAUGUUCAAGUCAACAGUGGAGAUGCUGGUUUGUGGUUGAAGAGUUUCACACAGCAGCUCUCAGAUGAGCUGAUCUUCACUGAAAAAGACCUCAGUGGAGUCAAACAUGAAGAUGUUCAUGAUUUCAGCUUUCUAGAAGAUGUGAUAAGACAAGAACUUCAUACUAUAAUGACUUACAUCAGCAGGAGAUUCAGCAGAAAGACAUUUCCACUAAAGCUGGACCAUAAGUUCAGACCUGAUGAGCUUCUGAUUGAUCACUUCUGUCAGUGCUGUUGGGUUCAGUGUCCAUUCUGUAGAGCCACCUGCACCAACACCAUUGAAAACCAUGAUGGAGAUCACAGUGUUCAUCUCCACAGAGUGAAUGGAAUUAAUGGACAGCAUUUCUCUCAAACAAAGUAUCUCUGUGCUGAUAUUUGCACAGGUUUAGUGGCAAGUCACCAGUAUUUUUAUACAUCAGAUGUAGGGUUUCCAUAUAGAGAAUACAGAAGAGCAGGAGGAGUUUAUGCAGACUGGAGCAUCACCCCUGAUCUCUCUGAACUGCCGUACUGGAAGUGGUUUCUGUACAGAUUCCAGAAAGAUCUGGAAAAAUACUACGAUAAGACAUUUCAGGGUCAUGGUAAGAUACCAUUUGAAUGGAGAAAAUACUCAAAAGAGGACGCUAUUGAGAGUUUGGAACAAUAUAUCUAAUGGAGCAGAUGAAAAAAAUGAGACUCUUACAUCUCCUCUCAGAUUGUCCUCAGACUACAGUCAAAUAUUAGUUUCUGUUGCAUUCACUAGUGAGACUCUGAACUCAUCAACACCUCACAGAAAACUAAUAGUACACUGGAUACAAGUGUGAUACAUUUUUUAUUAGAAUCUUCUAUAUUUGAACUUUAGUCUAUAUUUUAAUUUUAGAUUUCUAUGCAACAUUUAACAAAACUAAUUUGUUUUUGUGCUGGAUUUUAAAGAUUUGUACUUUUACAUAGCAACUUUUUUGUUUUGUAUUUCUAUAGGUGAAAUUAGCUAUAGAUAUUCAGAUCAAUCAAAGUUGUUCAAUUUAUACAAUUUUCUUCUUUUCAAAAAUACAAAAGUGUUAUGUAGUUAGAUAUAUAAAACAAUGGAACAUUUAAUAAAAAUCAUGUUUAUCACAUGAUAAUGUUGUAGGGUCCACACAAUUGGCCCAGCGAAGAUAUCCAGUGGUGGCUGAAGGUUUCCUGCUUGUUCGGUCUUUUCUGUGCACAGAGUUAUUAAAUUUAUAACAUUUUAUUUAAAUUUAUUAAAUUCUAAUCUGAUUCCAUUUUAUUAUUACCUCGAAUUUAGGUUAGAACGCCAAUUAUUAUAACACGUUGAGUCUCAUGCUGGCCGAUAUAUAUCUCCUACUCACAAAUUUGUCAGUCUUGGUCAUUAGACAGAGGCGACUGACUAAUAUUCUAGACAGCCCGUGCCAUACUUUGCUCCUUCUAGAAUACAUUAUUUAGUUCCCAUAGAUCUGUACACACUUAAUUAAGGUAAGACUAUAUCUAACUAGAGGUCAUGAACAUUACUAGAACCAAGGCAAGUUGACCAACUUAACUUCCUCUAAUGGUAACUUAUAAAUAUAAUCAUGCCGUGAUUUCUCACGUACACUUAGUUAGAAUAAUAUUAUAGUAAUCAGAGGUUGAGGCUGACCAGAAUUCACACUGUUGCUCUAAAUGGAAAAAAAACCCAAUAUAGCUUCUAAGUCUAAGUAUACAUAACUAAUGCCAAUGUGUUAGUUGAAGCUCUAAAACAUCAUAAAAAAUAAUUUUAGUCCAUUACUAACCUGAGCGUAGAUUUGCAGUGUUAUAGACUUAAUAGAGUCAAUAAUCUCAGAGUAAAUCAGAAUAAAUUCAAAUGUAACAAUGUAACAAUCAAUCAGGUAAAUAUGUAGUAUGCAAAUUACAUAGCCAAUUCAGAGAUAUCAAAUCAAAUCAAUACAAGACAUCAAAUUGUCAAAGAUUAAUCUAAGAGUAAAAGAUGCAUACCUGACUUUAAGAAAAUACAUAGCAUGGAGUGUGUGGACACAUUCCAUAUCACAGGCUCAUUCUGGCUUACAGAAGCGCCCUGAUCUUCUUGCAACUUCCACUUAAGUACCUCAGACCAAGACAGACAUCCUCCAAAAUAUAGACAGGAACUAACAAUUGGAAUUUGCAUUUAUCAAGUCCCAGAUGAGAUCGUUUACACCUUUUUUGGGGAGAGAUGGUAAUUUCCAUGAAUGACACUGGGAAAAGGCACACCCUCUACAGUGAGCAAAAUAUCUCUUCAUAAAAAAUAAAUAAAACAUUUCCUUGACGUUGAUUUUAAAUGACCCUGCAGUGUAACAAUGCGCUCUUCAAUUGCAUGCACAAAUGUGCAGGCAACGCGCUGCAGCCUGUAUCAUUUCAUAUCAAACGCGCGAAAGCUGAAUAAAAUUGUAAAAUUUCUCAGUUUAAACAUUUGUUAUGUUAUCUAUGUUCCAUUGUGAAUAAAAUAUUGGCUCAUGUGAUUUGAAAGUCUUUUAGUUUUCAUUUUAUUUUACUCUUCUCUUUCUGUCAAAUUUAAAAAACGUCCCAACAUAUCUGGAAUUCGGGUUGUAUAACUACUGUAUUUUUUGUGAAAAUCCAAUUCGCACUUAGUGAUAAUAUAUAUAAAAAUCCACUAAAAUUUUAUGUAAAGCAAUCGUAGCACACUUUUAAGCAAUGCAAUUAUAAAACACUUCUGGUGUACUUUAUCUGACUACACAUCAAUUUAAGUGUGUAACGCCAAGCCAGCAGAGGGAGCCCUCACCCGAGUACUGACUGCAUGCUUCUCCCUCUGCUUCCUCUGCUGACACUUCCUGUUUGGUGGCUUUAUAAGCCAGAUACUGAGCACAUGGCAGGUUGCGAAGUAUUGCCAGUUUACCUGCCUUACCGAGCGAUUUCCAUAGUUAUAUUCUGCCUGGCUUAUUGUGUAUUACUCUGCCUGAUUAUUUCGACUACUGAUUUCCUGGAUUUGCCCCUUUGCUCUGUUUGUCUGAUUGGACUGUUACUCUGGUUUUGACCCUUUGCCUGUCUUCAUGUUUCUGUCUGCUGCAAAUCCUUUUAAUAAACUU